AUGGAACAAUUUAAAUCACAAAAAGAUAUAACAAGAUGGGUUAAAGCAGUUGAUACAGCACCAUAUCCAUCAAAAGCAGAUGAAGCAUCAUGUCCACCAUGCAUUAGAUCAAUGGGUAAAGGACCAUGUGGAGAAUUGAUCAUAGAUGCAUUUGUUUGUUUUCAAAAGGAAACUGAUCAUAGAGAAAAGUGUGCUCAAGCUUUUACUUCUUUAAGAAAUUGUAUGCUUAAUUAUCCUAUUCGUUAUUAUGUUGCUUUAUUUCAAAAUCCAAAGAAUACAAAAGAAGUAUUACCACCAAGUCCACAACAAUAA